AUCACUUAACAUGACCAAAAUUUUAGUUUAAGCUAAUAGCUAUUACAGCUGAUGUUUAUUUUUUCAAUAUUGACUACUAAUAAAUUAUUAAAACAUUGAAGUUUCUAUUGUGGUUAUAAUCGUAUACUGUUAAAUCUACUGAACUCUUAUUUGAAAUGUCUAUCAACAAGGUGAAAGCCGUAGGUUACCCAUUGGCUGCAGUGUUUGAUGUGAACGAUCAAAAAAGUUUCCGGAUGUUAAUUUUAUGGUUGGAGGAGAAUAUAUUACAUACUUAUGUACCAGAGAAACGAACAGAGUUACAGAAUAUUGAUUCUUCUUCUUGGGACAUAGCAUUCAAAAACUAUUGUGAAUCAUGUUCUAGUCCAAUUAAAACUACUGAACCUAUAGAUCAGUUGGAAUGGUUAUUAGGCGUGGCAAUUCGACUUAUAUACAAUAAACAAAAAAAUAAAUUUGAUUCUGAAACAAAAAAAACUCUUGAAGUUUCUACUGAUGUUCCAAUGAUUAUACCAUCUGAUAAUCCAAUCGACAAUCUUGACGUUAACAGCAGUGAUUUCAAGGAAGGUAUUGAGAAACUUGCAGAUUUAUUAAAUAUUUCUAAGCAUCCAGAUCAUAAAAUUACAUUAGAAGCUAUUCAUAAAUUCAUCACUAAAAGGCUUAACGAAGAAGCAAUAAAAAAUCCAUCAACAAUAUUACCUAAGGGAGAAGCUUUUCCUUUGGAGAAAGUAAAAGGUCAUAAGAUUGAAUCCAAAGAUCCAACUGUUCUACAUGCAAUGAAGGUAUUGAGAUUAGCACAGUUACAUAGGUUACGCGAUCUUCAAACAUGUAUUAAUGAAUGUAUAGUUGGUAUGCAGGAAGUUACUUCUGAUCCAAAAACAGAUACAAAAUUGGGGAAAGUGGGAUAUUGAAUAAAAAUACUUUUAAUUUACUUUUUUAUUAUUAUAUUUGAUUAAGCUGUAAGAUGUAUAUAAAUGGUAAAAAUUACUAGUGUAUAAAUAAUUAAAAAUUAUAUGUACUUUUGUACCUAUGUAUUUCAUCAUAAAUUGAAAACUAAAUUCAGAAAUUAUGUUUUUAAAAUAAAAUAUUAUUUCUAAAUACAA